AAAAGUGUCAGUUUGUUGUUAACAAUGAGUGACUGUGAUAAACCGAGUGCCGAGGACCGAAAAAACUCAAAGAUUACUUCCAAAGAAGUAACUAAUUAUUUUAGUGACCAAAAUGAAGAACUUACGCUGGAAGAUUUGGCGCCGGAUGGCGGAUGGGGGUGGAUGAGCGCCCUCGCUAUGAUUAUUGUUUACGUGACGGCGUUCGUCCCGGGGAAUUCCUUCUCGAUAGUCUUCGGAGAUUUCUUCGAGGCGACAGGCCAGUCAGGAUCCGCGAUGACGAUCCUAACUUCCGUUUAUAUGAUAAGUUUUUCCCUGGCAGGUGUUAUGACCAACGCGCUGCUGAAGAAAUAUUCCUUAAGAUUGGUCAGCGUUUCCGCGGCCCUUCUCUGUGUGCUUCCUAAUUUGUCUUGUGCGUUCGCAACACAUGUUUAUCAGCUGGGAAUUAUUUUCUUCAUCCAAGGAACUGGUGCUGGAUUGAUGGACACUAUCCUCAGUGCAAAUCUCAACGCGUAUUUUAUCAAGAAUCGGGCCAAGGUAGUAAGUGGGACCCAAGUACUGAUCGGCAUAGGAGGAAUAGUAUAUCCGAUGAUAAUCGAUGCGCUGAUGGAAAUUUACGGAUUUCGAGGAAUGGUGUCGUUGAUUGCUGCUCUCAGCCUGAACACAAUCCCGGGGAUGAUGUUGUUGCACCCGGUGGAGUGGCACUUGAGAGAUCCAAAAGAAGUUCUGGAGGAGAGACGAAAAUUGAAAGGCAGCGUCAAAGACAGUCCCUUUCAGGAGCCUCUUCUUUCUCUCAAUUCUGAGGAUAGUAAUGAAAAAAUUGAAGGGAAGAAAAUUGUCAUUAAAAGGAAGUCUGUAACCAGCCAAGAAGACUCCUCUUUAUGGCACAAGUUGUCGGACUUGUUCGACUUAUCGCUUCUGAAAGACAGGAGGUUCAUGAUAAUGACCCUAGGAAUUUCGUUUGUCUUUGUAGCCGACUCGACAUUCGUUUCUCUAGUUCCUCUAGCGAUGCUGGAAGAUGGGUACACAAACACAGAAACCGCUGGUACGAUAAGCAUAACCGCUGCUGCAGAAUUGGGCUCAAGGAUUUUCUACCUGCUCUUCACUAUGGUAGUAAAUUGUCGGGCUAGAUUUGUUUUCUUCGGAGCGAUGAUUGUGAUGGGCUUCGCCAGAUUCGCUUACCUCUACUUCGAGAGCACAUUAAUGGGGAUAUACAUCUGCACAGCGGCAAUGGGAAUUGUAAGGACAUUUUUGAUAGUCCCGCAGCCGCUGGUAGUCGUGGAAAAACACCCCGUCGAAAUGUACGCGGCUUGCUACGGAAUUUUCGCUCUGAUUAGUGGAAUUAUUAUGAUCGUUAUUGGGCCACUAGUCGGAAUAAUCAAAGACGCAACGGACAGCUUCCAGGUGGGACAACUCGUUCUAGUAGGGCUAAAUUGCGCAUUCAUCGUACCCUGGGCGUUGGAGUUUCUGGUGGACUAUCGGCAGAAAAGAAGAAACAGAGUUGUUAAUACUACCGGCAACAUAAAUGCCGACAAUCACGUGAUAGCUUAA